CCCGGGCCGGGGUGUGGAGGGCGGGCACGCUCUGCUGCCCGCUGUUUGCCUUGGCACCCACCCUCCGCUGCUGGACAAGUGCCGGGAAAGGGCCCUCGGAGGUUUCGUGUCCCCUCCCUGGCUCUUCAAACAGCACAAGUGGCACCUUGGCAGCCGGGGCGGCCACAACUUCCCCCCACCCAUCCGUGACCAUAUAAAUCCCCCCGGCCGCGGCUGGCAAAGGGACAGCAGCACCCGGCGAGAUGGACGACAGCUCCAAGGAGGCGCUGAUGGAGGAGGCACCCCCGAGGUACACGGAGUCCCCCCGCCUGCCCUGCGUCCCCCACCAGCUCAAGUGCGUCCUGAUCGCCGUGGUGGUGGUGGUGGUCCUCGUGGUGGUCAUCGCCGCCUUCCUCCUCCUGGGGCUGCACAUCACCGAGGCACACGCGGAGACGGUGCUGCGAAUGACCAUCCACGGGCUGGAUGGCGAAGGGACCCCCCAGCGCCUCUCCAUGAGCAAGAAGGAAAGGACCGGGACGUUCUGGGUGCGGGACGGGCUCAACGCCUCGGCCACGGUGGUGUACGACUACAGCAAGCUGCUGGUGGGCUACAGGUCCUGGCGGCACCGCGCCUGCUACAUCACCCGCGUGGCCAGGGACAACUUCCCGGGGCUGGACGCUGUCACCAACACCUUCCAGCGCCGGCAGGCUGAGGAGGUUGGGGACAGCGCCGUGCCCCUGGCCGACCGCUCCAUCCUGGGCACCACCAUCAACAUCCUCUGCAGCACCGUGCCCGUGUACUGGGCAUACCACGGCCGGAUGCUCCACCCUGGAGGGUUUGCUUUGGCCCUGACCCCUCGCUCCUGGGCAGCAGAGAGCUCCUCGUGCCCGGGGACAAGUGUCCUCGCCCGAGUGCCCUGGGAGCCUCUUGACCUGCGUGUUCCCAGGAGGAUCCAGCUGGGAGUGGGCGUUGGGCAAACACCAGUGAAGAGGGUCACAUGCCAGAGCCCGACUGCACCGCUGGGGACACCAAACCCUUCACAGGGGCCGCUCCUGUCCCCACCCCAGUGCCCCGGUAUAAAGCACCCAGUCCCUGCAGGCAGGCCGGGCUGGGAGGUGGAGGAGGAGGAAGAAGAGGAGGAAGAGGAGGAGGAGGCUGCCAUGGAGAGCAGCAUGAAGCAGGUGGUGGUGGAGGAAGAAGAGGACUCGGAGCAGGGGUGCUGCUGCCCAGGCUGCUGCUUGCCCUGCACCAUGUGCUGUGCCAAGUGCUGUGCCAGGUGUGCCCAGUGCUGCUGCCUGCCCAAGUGCUGCAAGUGCCCCAAGCUUCCCGGCUGCUCCGGCUGCUGCGGCUGCUCCGGCUGCUUCGGCUGCCUCAGGAAGUCCCUGUGCUUCGUCCCUCGCCUGCUGUGCUACCUGCCCCGCAAGCUGCUGGGCUGCCACCACCUGCGGUGCCUCCUCAUCGUGGUGGUGGUGGUGGUGCUGCUCGUGGUCAUCAUCGCCGGUGCCCUGCUCAUGUGGCUGCACGUCGACCAGAGCCACGCCGACACCGUGCUGCGGAUGGGUUUGUGGGGAGGGUCGGCCCGGGAAGAGGACGCUGCCACCUUCUACCUGGACAGCGGGGACGGGAACGUGGCCACCGUCAUCUAUGACUACAGGAAUCUGCUGGUGAGCUACAGAUCCCGCCUGCACCGCGCCUGCUUCGUCACCCGCGUGGACAAGGACAACAUCCCGGGGCUGGACACGGUGGCCGAGACCUUCCAGCGCCGGCAGGACGAGCAGAGGAUCUCCCUGCCCCUGGCCGACCGCUCCCUCCUGGGCACCACGGCGAGCAUCCUCUGCAGCGCCCUCCCCGUCUACUGGGCUUAGCCCCGCUGGGUGAGCGGGAAGGGUGGGCAGGGGGCGCUGGGGGACCCGCACCCACCCACCAGCGCCCUCACAGCGCCGGCUUUGCCUUGCAGCACCCCCCGACAGACACAGCACUGCCGCAGCCCCUCUGGAAGCAUCAGCGAUAUCCCUCCCCCCCCGCCCUGCCCACCCCGAUUUUGGGGCGCGGGGGUGGGCAGGGGGCCGGGGGGUUCAGCGUUGGAGGGGCGCGGGGGGGGUUGGGGGUCCCGCACAGGCGGUGCCGGGGGUGGGGGCGGAGGGUGGGUGUCUGCGCCGCGCCGGGGGGGACAGCUGGUUUGUCACUUCAGUCUUCUCAGCUUCGCCAAACCCGAGUGCAAAAAAACGAGCUUAAAAAAAAACAUGACAUUUAAAAGAAAA